AUUAUCUCGUCAGUGUGUUUUUUGCAUCUACAAAAUUCAGUUACCAGCUCAACUUUCUGACCGCUAUCCCGAAACUUCCAAAUCUACAAUUCAAAAUGAAAGCCAUCAUCGUGUUCGCUGUCGUCGUUGCUUUGGCCCUUGCUGCUCCUCUCGAUGAUUCCAAGAAUGCACAGAUUCUGAAGUACGAGAACGACAACAUUGGAGUCGAUGGAUACAAAUUUGCCUUCGAAACGAGCGAUGGUCACUCCCGUCAGGAACAAGCCGAACUGAAGAAACUGGGUGAUGACGUCGAAGCCCUGGUCGUUCGUGGUUCGUACUCGUUCACCGCCGCUGACGGACAAGUCUACACGGUGAACUACAUCGCCGAUGAGAACGGAUUCCAGCCGGAAGGAGCCCAUCUACCAAAGGCCUAGAUUCGGACGUUUGCAACGUUUGCUUCCAACCAAAUCCAUCGUCGUCCUAGCAACAACCGUGGCGACUCUUACUACGAACACAUUGACACCUACUACAUCAAGAACUGAAAAUACUCAGAAGAACUAAGUCUCAUGUUUGUAAAGUGUACAGUUUAUAUUGAAUUAUUAUUUGUCCUGUAAAGAAUCUGCGAUUUUUUGUUUAAAGUAAUGUCAGUUUCGACCCUCAGAAAGUUCUUCUUUCUUUCUAUCGAAAACUAGAAGAUAAUCGUGACAACAACUAAAGCAACAGCAAGAAAAACAACAACAACAACAUCUACGAGAAGUACUUUGGAUAAACACCAACUGACAAGAUUUUAAAUUGAAAAAUAAAUGUAGUCCUAAGCGAAACGUGAACGAAGAA